AUGUGUGAGGCAGCCUUCCGGCAGAUGAUUGCUUCUGUCUUGCGCCAGACGAGACCGCAAUCAUUUCGCCACACCAAGCCAAGUCGCUAUCCUCAGCGUCAAAUCUCUUCGGUCGCGACUCCUUCGCCACAGCCAGCCGAGACCAACGGUCCCCAAUGGCAGGCUCAUACUGUGCAACCACCAUCGCAGCCUCGCGCUGAGCGAUCUCGAGUAGACAAACUACGAAACGAGACCGAACCACGCCCGUUCUCCUCUUUCCUAACCGACAAUUUCUCGAGACAGCACAACUACUUGCGCAUAUCUGUCACUGAACGGUGUAACCUGCGAUGCCUCUAUUGCAUGCCGGAGGAAGGUGUACAGUUAUCCCCUCCUAGUCGGUUGUUGACGACACCGGAGAUUGUCUAUCUGGCGGAGCUGUUUGUGAGCCAGGGCGUUGACAAGAUUCGUUUGACCGGUGGUGAACCGACAGUACGAAAAGAUAUUGUUGAUUUAAUGCAUCAAAUCGGAAAGUUGAGAAGCAGUGGUCUCAAAGAGUUAUGCAUCACGACAAAUGGCAUAUCACUUCAUCGAAAACUGGACUCUAUGGUGGAUUCGGGGUUGACUGGCGUUAAUCUAAGUUUGGAUACACUCGAUCCUUAUCAGUUCACGAUCAUGACUCGCAGGAACGGCCACGAGGCGGUCAUGAAAUCCAUCAACCGCAUUCUGGAAAUGAACAAGGUGGGAGCUGGAAUCAGACUGAAGAUCAAUUGUGUGGUCAUGCGUGGGUUAAAUGAGGGCGAAAUACUGCCGUUUGUUGACCUCGGGAGGGAGCAGGACAUCGAAGUUCGUUUCAUUGAAUAUAUGCCAUUUGACGGAAACAAAUGGUCAGAGAAAAAGAUGAUCGGUUUUAGGGAGAUGCUCGCUCUCAUCCGGGAGAAGUAUCCUGACGUGCAGAAAGUCCAAGGUCACAAAAAUGACACCAGCAAAACUUACGCAGUUCCUGGUUUUGUUGGACGAAUUGGAUUCAUCACCAGUAUGACGGAUAACUUCUGCGGUACUUGCAAUCGACUCAGGAUCACCGGAGACGGCAAUCUCAAGGUCUGUCUGUUUGGCAACGCCGAGGUAUCUCUCCGCGAUAUCCUUCGCGAGUCAAACAAUGGCAAUCCCAUUGAUGUUGACGCCAUGGAACAAAUCAGGCAGAUGGCAAUGGGUCGACCCGGAACCAUCGCUGGUAGCGCCGACGAUGUGUUUGUCUCUGAGACUGAAGCUAAACUGCUUGAUGUCAUCGGUAUGGCUGUGAAGCGGAAGAAAGAAAAGCAUGCUGGUAUUGGCGAGCUUGAAAACACGAAGAACAGACCUAUGAUUCUUAUCGGUGGGUAA